CCCGCGGACUCCACGUGAACUGAACGCGAUGGCGGUGAAGCAGCGCCACCACCACUGCCGCCGCCGCCGCUGCUGCUGAGACGAUACCACAGAAGAGAAAGGCAGAGAGAGGCCUCCUUCUCUGUCUGUCUCUCCUCUCCUGUCUCCAUUUACAGCUUCUGCAGCAGGAGGAGGAGACGAAGAAGCAGCAGCAGCAGUAGGAGAAGCAGCAGCAUCAGCAGCGAGGCCGGAGGGAGAAAGGGCGGCUUGGGCUGGGUUUCGGGCGGAGCCGUGGUUUAACCCACUCACUUCUUACUCGCUCAUCCUCACCGCUCACCCUCAUCGCUCAUCAACAACAUAAUCAACAUCGUCGCCGAAGAGGCGUCUCGAACAAGACCUCGCGGCGGCUUCGUUGAAGACCUCCUGUGGACCGUCGUCUGCGUCGUCUGCGAACGAGAGAGGAGGAGGCGGAGGAGGCGACUAUUGCCGACCAGACGAUGUCGCCUCGAUCAUCAUCGUCGUCACGUUACUGCCGCCACUGACAGAGGAUCGAGUCGGAGUGAGCGACGCCUCGAGGUGGUGGGGGGGCAAGACCCGGACCCUGACCUCGGCCUGACCUGUGACCUGACCCCUGACCUCGCCCGUGACCUGACCCCCGGGGCCAGCAUGGAGAUCCCGCCACACGCACGGGGAGAUUCACCAAGCCGCCGGGACAAAGGAAAGAAGAAAGGAGGUGGAGGUGGUGGAGGAGGAGGAGGUGGAGGUGGUGGUGGAGCUCCAGGAGACGAGGGCGACCACAGGAAAUCCAAAUUUCAGAACAUAAAGAAACUCAUGACAGACGAUAUGUCGCUGUUGGACCGUUUCUCCAGCAUCCGGAUCGCGGGCAGCAAGCGGGACCGCCCGGUCGUGCCCUCCUCCCGGCACCAGCCCAGCCUCGGCCACGAGCAACCUCCGCCCUCGCCGAACCCCUUCCAGCCCAGCGUCUUGUCGGAGAAGGAGGUGCUGGCGCUCUUCGAGAAGAUGAUGGAGGACAUGAACCUGAACGAGACGCACAAGGCGCCGCUGCGGCAGAAGGAUCUGGUGAUCAAGCGUGAGAUGGUGAUGCAGUACAUCAACGCCGCAGCAAAGUCUGGCUUAAAGAGCCGGAGCGACCAUGCCCUCACCUCGUCGCAGGAGUACAUCCACGAGCUGCGUGCCGGCAUCCAGGACGAGCGGCUACUGGGAUGCCUCGAGUCUCUGCGCGUCUCGCUCAACAGCAACCCUGUCAGCUGGGUGGAAAAUUUCGGGCACGAGGGCCUUGGACUGCUCCUCGACAUGCUCCACAGCUUGCAGAACUCGCACAAACCUGAGAACAUCACGAGGAAGAACCAGCAUGAGAUCGUGCGGUGCCUGAAGGCCUUCAUGAACAACAAGUAUGGGCUGAUGCGCAUGCUGAGCGAGGAGCAGGGCAUCCUCCUGCUGGCGCGUGCCAUCGAGCCCGCGUACCCCCCCAUGAUGGCCGAUGCCGUCAAGCUGCUGUCGGCGCUCUGCAUCCUGGAGGAGGAGAGGACUCACGAGCGGAUCCUGGAGGCGCUGACGCAGUGCGGUGAGCAGGAGAACCGCGAGCGCUUCAGCACCAUCGUCAAGGGCCUCGGCCUGCGGCAAGGCCUGCAGCUCAAGGUCGGCUGCAUGCAGCUCAUCAACGCCCUCCUCACCUCCGUGGACGAGCUCGACUUCCGGUUACACCUGCGCAACGAGUUCAUGCGCUGUGGCCUCAUCGACAUUCUGCAGGAGCUGAGGGACCUGGAGAACGACGAGCUGGACGUGCAGCUGCGAGUGUUUGAGGAGAACCGCGAGGACGACUUUGUGGAGCUCUCUCACCGCUACGAGGACAUCCGCUUCGAGCUGGAUGACGUGCAGGAGGUCUUCCAGAUCGUGUCCAACAUCGUGAAAGACACGUUGGCCGAGCCAUACUUCCUGUCCAUCCUCCAGCACCUGCUGCUGAUCAGAAACGACUAUUUUGUCAGGCCCCAGUACUACAAGCUCAUCGAGGAAUGCGUCUCGCAAAUCAUCCUGCACCGGAACGGAGUGGACCCCGACUUCCGGCACGGAAAGCGCUUCCAGCUGGAGGUGGAGCAUCUCGUCGAUGUGCUGGUGGACAAGGCGAAGGUGGACGAGAGCGAGAGCAAGGCUGCAGAGUUGGCCAAACAGCUCGACGCGGAGCUGACGGCGCGGCAGGAGGCGCAGGCGACGCUGCAGAAGCGCGAGGCCGACUUCGAGGCGCGCCUGCGAGAGCUGGAGGCCGAGAACCAGCGGCUGCGCCAGCAGGGCCAGGGCAUCCCGGGCAUUCCCAUGCCACCGCCUCCGCCUCCCCUCCCCGGUGGCGCCGUGCCACCCCCGCCACCUUUACCCGGAGGCAUUCCCCCACCUCCUCCCUUGCCUGGCAUGGGAGGGCCUCCUCCUCCUCCGCCGCCGCCGCCUCCACCUGGUUGCGGCCCACCCGGGCCCCCUCCUCCGCCGCCCCCCUUUGGCAGAGCGCCCCCCAUGGGAGGGAUGGCGCCGUCGCCGCCGUCUCUUCCAGGGGCCCAGCUCCCCCACGGCCUGAAGCCCAAGAAGGAGUACAAGCCGGAGGUGGCCAUGAAGAGGGCCAACUGGGCCAAGAUCCGCCCGCAGGAGAUGGGGGAGAGCUGCUUCUGGACGCGCGUGAAGGAGGAGAAGUUCGAGAGCCCUGACCUCUUCGCGAAGCUGGCGCUCAGCUUCUCCUCCCAGACGAGGCCUAAGAAGGAAGAGGACGACGUGGACGAGAAGAAGUCGCUGGCGCACAAGAAGAAGGUCAAGGAGCUGAAGGUGCUCGACCCCAAGACGGCGCAAAACCUCUCGAUCUUCCUGGGCUCUUUCCGAAUGGACUACCAAGAGAUCAAGAGCAUCAUCCUGUCCGUGGACGAGGAGCGAAUAACAGAGUCCAUGAUCCAGAGUCUGAUUAAUCAGCUGCCCGAACCGGAACAGCUCAGUGCCCUGGCCAGCCUGAAGAACGAGUAUGAGGACUUGUGCGAACCGGAGCAGUUCGGCGUUGUCAUCAGCUCGGUGAAGAGGCUACGGCCCCGGCUCAACGCAAUCCUCUUCCGGCUGCAGUUCGACGAGCAGGUGGCCAACCUGAAGCCGGACAUCGUGGCAGUGAGCGCCGCCUGCGAGGAGAUCCGCCGCAGCGACAGCUUCUCCAAGCUGCUGGAGCUCGUGCUGCUCAUGGGGAACUACAUGAACGCCGGCUCGCGCAACGCGCAGACAUUCGGCUUCCAGAUGGGAUUCCUGUGCAAGCUGAGGGACACCAAGUCCAACGACCAGAAGUUGACUCUGCUGCACUUCUUGGCGCAAAUGUGUGAGGAGAAGCAUCCGGACGUCCUGCGCUUCACCGAGGAGCUCACGCACGUUGAGAAGGCCUCCAAAGUGGCGGCCGAGAAUCUGCAGAAGAGCCUCAAGCAGAUGGAGAAGCAGGUGCAGCAGCUGGAGGGAGACCUCAAGGCCUUCUCCACCACCGACGACGACACCGACAAGUUUGUCGAGAAGAUGACCGGCUUUGCGCGCGCCUCACGCGAGACGUACGACACGCUGGCGCUCAUGCAUGAGAGCAUGCAAAAGCAGUUCCUCGGCCUGGGGGAGUACUUCGUCUUUGACCCCAAGAAGGUGGCGGCCGAGGAAUUCUUCGGGGACGUGAGCAGCUUCCGCACCAUGUUCCUGCAAGCCGUGAAGGAGAACGUGAAGCGCCGGGAGACAGAGGAGAAAUUGCGGCGGGCCAAGCUGGCCAAGGAGCGCGCCGAGCGCGACAAGCAGGAGAAGCAGCAGCGCAGGAAGCACCUGGCCGACAUCAACCGCGCAGAAGGGGAUGAGACGGGAGUCAUGGACUCGCUGCUCGAAGCCCUGCAGUCGGGCGCGGCCUUCAGGGAGCGCAGGAAACGAACGCCCAGAGCCGCAGAGGAGUGUGUGAACCUGCCUGGCCAGGCCCGGCGAUCCAUCGAUAGGUUUGGAACACUCGAGAGCAAGCGUGCCCCGCUGGAACGCUCACGCUCGCGACACAACGUCACCAUGGCCGCAGCAGCCUCCUCCUCCUCACGACCCCACGCGGCCAAAGAGCUCAACUUCGACGAGCCGGGGAACAACGGCGUCACGGAGGAGCGGAGGAAGGCGCCGGGCGGGCGACCGAGGGGGCACGGUGGAGGCGGUGGCGCGGAGGACAGGGACGCGGAUGCCCUCAUGGCUCGGCUGAGAGCGUUGUGACCACCGCGCGGCAGCACGCCGCCGUGUGUUUAUACCCAUCUCCGACAUCGUCAUACAUCGGCCGUGGUCAAUCCACUGCUGGAUGAAGGACUCCGCAAUCCUGCCACCGCCGCCGUCUCUCGCGGUCCUGCGGCGUGGCGGUCCGCCGAGCGGCCGCACACGAGACGACCUCGUGACGGUGCGGCCUACGCCGUGGAUCUCCUCUCGGGCCUAUUCCCUCCUUUGACCGUAACCGCCCCCCAUUUUUAAAUCACUACCGCCGCCGCUCUCACCCUGCCGCCACCACCGCCGUUGGUUUUCCAGGCCGAGCACGGCACCACGACGGGCCACGGCGUCGGCGCCCUCCUCCAGCCCGCCGCCGCCAAAUCGGCCGUCAGCACUUCUGUUUACACGCGUGCACCUGCCCAAGCAGAGCGUUUCCGAUCGGUCGGCGUCGUCAAAGCAAGUUUUUUGCGCCGCUGUAAAAAUCAAAACGACUGAUUUUAAACGUCGUCACUUCUAUAUCAGCAAUAAUCACUCGUGUCGCGUGUGAGUCUUACGAAACUGUCAACUUGAACGUGCAGGGAGCGGUUACUACGCGUGGCUAUGUUUUUUUCUGUCAUAUUUUUGGUGCUUCUAGAAUUCCGCUAUCAAGCGUGUCGGACUCGCCAGCGGGAACGCGUCCCUCUGCUCCGCCUGCGAUGAGCAAAUCGAAUCCCGGGGGGGGACGUCUUGCCCAAAACAAAACGUGUUCGCCGCAAAGAGACGCGCGCGUUUAUAACGCUACCUUGAUCGGCCCCUUUCGGGGACGAACCGACGCAACCACGUUUCUUGCGGGAGACCGACUGCUGAAGCUGCCUGCAUUUGCGUUUUAUACGUUUGUCUAUAAAUACCCGUGCAGUAUUAACGGAGUAGUGCGUGCGUGCGUGCGGCCCAGCAAGACGCGCUCACGCACGACCCACGUGUGUAGCAUUGUCGUUCGUCGCAAACGCCACCGCUAUAGACACGUGUGUACGCUCACUAAUUAUAAUCGUCCUUCACUGGAGGGCCAAUUAACGCACGCGAUCGAACGAUGUGGUGGAUUCGUGUCCGGAUAUAUAAGAUAUAUAAAUAUACAAUUUUUUUUUAAUCGUUCAUUGUUAAGUUUAUUUACUAGGGCUAUAUACCGAGUAUGUGACACGUAGUGACGCAUAGUUGUAAAUACGUCCUAUACAUUAGUGCCGAUUGUACAGCACCGGAGAGAGUGCAGAGCAGAGCUGGGAAAGUUUGGGCCAGCGUCGCACGUGCACCUUGCCUCUUUUUCCACUGGCCACAGCCGACCCAGGACGGGGCCGUCACGGUAAGGGGUGGUUUUCCACUGGCUAUUCGCUGCCGAGCCGAGCCAAAAUCAACGGUGGUUGUCACAAGACAUCUGAAUCUGGUUCUUGAGCCUGACGGGACCAGGAGUGGAAGUUCUCAUGCAUUCAGUGUCUGCGACAUCAGCGCCGCCGCAAGGGCGCGGCGCCUACGCGCGUCCCCCACUCGUUUGGUGCUUGUGACGUCGGCGUGCACGGCUCGGUUUCUGCAGUGGAAAAACGGCCACCGGGGCUUCGCGAGCCGCACCGGGCUGCCCGUGGCACGGCUCGCAUGUGCAGUGGCAAAUGUAGGCAAAGAGUUACCUGUGGCUCUGGCAUCGUAAACGUCACCUGCUGUGAGGCUGCUGGCCAAGAGAAGGCAGGCGUGGGGUGUACGUGGGUUGACCUGUCCAGCGAAAUAAGCUCUGCUGAAAUCCCGAUAAGCUAGCGUCUCUUUUUGCCUGGAAACCGGUUUUGCGACAACGAAAAUCACGUGUGUGUGUGUGCUGAAUGCAGGCGGGCGCUGACGUUUUCCGAAGCGUGUAAAGGGUUACUAUAUUAUUUUUAGUUACUGCUAAGUUUUGAGUCGCGGUAUAUUUGGCGCUGACAUGAGCGUGCAGUGGCAUGCGCUUACGCGUGAUGUGAUGGCAUCUGCAAUGUUUAUUUGACAUCAGAUAGCACCUUUUGAUGAUAAUAAUAAUAAUAACAACCCUCCACGGACAUUAACGUGUGUCUGUGCAUAUACUCACAUUCAUGGGCAGAGGCGGGGGAGAUUUUUUCUAUGGGUUCACUUCGCCAUUUCAGCUGCCUCACCGGGAGAUCGAAUCAAAGCGGCGACCUUUGGGAUUGCAGCUCCUCCCCAGUGUUGCUGAGCAUGACACCACAGCCGCAACCAAUCCCCUCUCCCAUAGCCUGGACUCGCGAUGCGGUAGGGCACGUGGGUGGAUGUGUGCGCGCUGCACUACCAACCCGGCGACCCGAGUUCGAUCCCCGCUCAAGGCCAACACCGGUGACGAUUAUCUGAACCGGUUCUGGGCCUCCCCUAGGUCGACUCGGCAUCAAAUGAGUACCUGGUGCGGUGUGUAAACAUCGCCACUCGGGAGACAAAGGCGGCCGGGCGUGGUGUUGGCCGGCCACCCCUUCGUGUGCUGCGCCGACUGUCAUAGGCGCUCGCUAACGGCACUUAGCCCAAAAGUCUGUUGAGUCUUUGUAUUUGUGUGUGUGCGUGCGUGCCCACACCACCUCAACCUUGCCCCGUGUCACGGUCUCGGCGUGAACAGACACCGCUAAGGUCAUGGCGACACCACCGGCUCUAAGAUGAUGCCCCUGUCUCAAGGUGACCCCCCCCCCGUCUCGCGUCCACGUAGCUGACGAUCCACCGACGAUGCAUGCCAGCUGGUUGACUUUUAGAGAUGCUAUCCGUUGCGUUUGCCCGAGCUCGUUACACUACUCACAUCCCCCCACCUUACGCCAUGCAUGGGGUAUUAUCCGGGCCGAACUGUUGUGAAAACAAAGACUGUUGUCGCUACAGGGUUCGGUGAGCCCCGCGCCUCGCAGAUUUCCGGCAAUGGACCUGGCGGUCACUCGCACGAACACGGAGAGACCGGCAAGCGGGUCGUGGUGGACAUUUGGUGAAGCCAGGCCCCAGCGACCGAUGUGAAUAAAUCUAUGCAGUGGCUGUGUGUUAGAUCUGUCUACCACGGAUGUAUUUUUUUGUGAUGGGAGUAAAGUGACUGAA